GCUGCCGCACGCAUGGCGGCGCGGCGGGCCGGGCUGUGCAGCAGCGUUUCCCUUCCGCCGCCCCGCUCCGCCGCUCGGCCCCGCCGGCGCUCCGGGGACAGCCCCGCUGAGGGCGAAGGCUCGUAGGGAGGGCUGCGUCCCUGCCCGACCGCCCUCGGAGCGGCCAAGCUGCGCCUUUUCCCCAGCGAGGCUCAGCUCCUGCUGUCUCCAGGCCUUGCGCCGCAGCCGGCUGGAAAUGCCGUGUGGGGUUCAGCGUGUGUUCAGCUAAUCCGUGCUCAGCCCCGCGUUGUGAGGGGGAAAAGGGCAGGAGAUCCGGGCUGAGCCGGCCGUGGGGGCGGCGGAGGAGCGGCUCGCCAUGCCCACCGUGGUGGUGAUGGACGUGUCGCUGUCCAUGACGCGGCCGGUGUCCGUGGAGGGCUCCGAGGAGUACCAGCGCAAGCACCUGGCGGCCCACGGGCUCACCAUGCUCUUCGAGCACAUGGCCACCAACUACAAGCUGGAGUUCACGGCCUUGGUGGUGUUCUCAUCCCUCUGGGAGCUCAUGGUGCCUUUCACAAGAGACUACAAUACGCUCCAGGAAGCCCUGAGUAACAUGGAUGAUUAUGACAAAACCUGUUUGGAGUCGGCGCUGCUGGGGGUUUGCAAUAUUGUCCAGCAGGAAUGGGGGGCAGCAAUUCCUUGCCAGGUUGUGCUGGUCACCGACGGCUGCCUGGGCAUCGGCCGGGGCUCCCUGCGCCACUCCCUGGCCACCCACAGCCAGCGCAGCGACAGCAACAGGUUCCCACUGCCCUUCCCGUUCCCGUCCAAGCUCUACGUCAUGUGCAUGGCCAACCUGGAAGAGCUUCAAAGCACAGAUUCCUUAGACUGCCUGGAACGGCUCAUUGAUUUAAACAAUGGGGAGGGGCAGAUUUUCACCAUUGAUGGCCCCCUGUGCCUGAAGAAUGUGCAGUCCAUGUUUGGAAAGCUAAUAGACCUGGCUUAUACACCAUUCCAUGCUGUCCUCAAGUGUGGUCACUUAACAUCUGAUGUGCAAGUAUUUCCCAGACCAGAGCCUUUCAUUAUAGAUGAGGAAAUAGACCCCAUUCCUAAAGCAAUUAAUACAGAUCUAGAAAUUGUUGGGUUUGUAGAUAUUGCAGACAUUUCCAGCCCUCCUGUCUUGUCCAGACACUUGGUAUUGCCCAUUGCACUUAACAGAGAGGGGGAUGAGGUGGGACCUGGGAUCACAGAUGACACUGAAGAUGAGAAUUCAGCUAAUCAGAUUGCUGGGAAAAUCCCCAACUUCUGUGUUUUAUUACAUGGCAGCCUGAAAGUGGAAGGCAUGGUGGCUCUCGUCCAGUUGGGGCCAGAGUGGUAUGGAAUGCUUUAUUCACAAGCUGAUAGCAAGAAGAAAUCAAACCUCAUGAUGUCACUCUUUGAACCUGGUCCUGAGCCCCUCCCAUGGCUGGGGAAGAUGGCACAGCUUGGCCCCAUUUCAGAUGCAAAAGAAAAUCCUUAUGGGGAGGAUGACAAUAAGAGCCCUUUCCCUUUGCAGCCCAAGAACAAGCGCAGCUAUGCCCAGAAUGUCACUGUGUGGAUCAAACCCAGUGGCCUCCAGACAGAUGUACAGAAGAUCUUGAGAAAUGCAAGGAAACUCCCUGAAAAAACACAAACCUUCUAUAAAGAGCUGAAUCGUUUGCGAAAGGCAGCGCUGGCCUUCGGCUUCCUGGAGCUGCUGAAGGGCGUGGCAGACAUGCUGGAGCGGGAGUGCACCCUGCUCCCCGACACCGCGCACCCCGACGCCGCCUUCCAGCUCACGCACGCGGCCCAGCAGCUCAAAGUGGCAAGUACUGGAGCCUCGGAGUACGCUGCCUAUGAUCACAACAUUGCUCCUCUGCAGACAGACUUUUCCAGUAGCAGCACUGAGAGAAUGUGAAGUCUCCAUUUUGGGAGCUUCUCUAGGUUAAGGCUCAAGUGGUUCAGAUUUUCUUCUGGCCUGUUCAAUCACUGUUUGAAGAAAUUCCUGUCCAAACGGGGAAGUUUUGUAUCAGUGCUUUCUAAACAAACGUAGCUCAUUUGUGGUGGCUUUUAGUCAGACCUGAGAACUGUGGAAAAUGUCCCAAACGCAGUGAUGGUGCUGGAUGAUGGGUGGAAGUUAUUUAGUACAUGUGAGGAGAGAAAAAAUUGCCAUUGGCAGCUCUUGAGUUCUGGCCUCCCCAAAAUGCAGUUACUACAUAACUGAACUCACUGGUUAAAGUACCCCUAAAGGCAGCUACUACACUUGAAACAUCAACUUGAUUAGUCCAAAGAAAGGUGUGAGAAGCACCCUGCAAGAUCAGAUACAGAACUGAUUUUGGGGUGCUGGGCCUGACUUUAUGCCCAACUUGACAGCAGACUGAACAUUAUCACUUGCAUUGCAGUGCUUAUACUUCUGAAAGUAACUUGAUCUUGGGACACAUGUUUUUUUAUUUGCAUAAUACAAAUAAAGAAUAAUUCUUCAUGAAAA